AUGUUGAUUUUGGUAGUCAUGAGGUUUUUUGCGUUUGCUUCCGUUUGUCUCCCAUGUUCAGCCAGCCCCGUGCAUUUAGCCACCUUUUACCCAACUGAAACUGCCACAACAAGCGCCACUGACCACCAAGCGCUCAUGUCAUUUAAGUCUUCAAUAAAAAGAGAUCCACUCCAAGCUCUGAGUUCAUGGGGAAACCAGUCGAUCCCUAUAUGCCGAUGGCGCGGCGUGGCCUGUGGCAUGCGUGGCCACCGCCGUGGCCGUGUCGUUGCACUAGAUCUCCGUGGGCUCAACCUUCUUGGCACUAUUGCAUCUUCCAUAGGUAAUCUAACUUACCUCAGGCGGUUGGGCCUUCAAGAGAACCGCUUUUAUGGCAUCAUACCAUCAGAAAUUGGACAACUUGUAGGACUUGAGCAUCUGAACCUCAGCAGCAACUCCAUCGGCGGGAAUAUCCCGCCAACACUGUCCUCGUGUGUGCAUCUUCAAGUAGUUUCCCUCAGCGACAACAACCUCCAAAAGGUGAUACCUUCUGCGCUUGGUGUCUUGUCAAACCUUCGGGUUAUAGAACUAAGGAACAAUGUGCUGAAGGGCUCAGUUCCCCGGGAGUUGGCAUCCCUGCACAAUCUUGAGGUACUUGAUCUUGGACACAACAACCUUACAGGAAAUAUCCCUGUAGAGAUUGGAAACCUGAAAGGCCUUAUCCGUCUUUAUCUGGAAUCAAACAUGAUAGUUGGAGAAAUCCCAACAUGUAUUGGAAAUCUUACAAAUUUAACCGUGUUAUUUCUUCACUCGAAUGGUCUGACAGGUCAUGUUCCUGCUUCUCUCCGAGGUCUCCAGAAAUUGCAGUUUUUGUCUCUUUCAUACAACAAGCUCUCAGGGUCGAUUCCACCUUCCCUGGGGAACCUCUCGUCUCUACUACUCCUUGAUAUCCAAGCCACUGACCUAACUGGUAGCAUUCCUGAAUCAAUAGGAAAUCUGAACCUCCUCAAGACCCUUUCUCUGACAUCUAAUUGUCUUACAGGCUCAAUCCCUCACACUGUUGGAAAACUCAGCUCUCUCAUUGAGUUAUAUCUGAACACAAAUCAGCUCCAGGGUUCUAUACCACCUUCGGUUUACAAUCUUUCAUCCCUCCGAACUUUUGUCAUGAAUUACAACAACCUCAGUGGUUCCAUUUCGAAUGACUUGGGUAAUAAGUUUCCAGAACUCCAGCAACUUGUCGUGGAUCAUAAUCAAUUUCAGUGGUCCAUCCCAGAGUCUCUGUGCAAUGCUUCAAUGCUUCAACUUAUUCAAUUGGGCCACAACUUUCUUUCCGGUGUAAUACCAAGAUGUCUUGGAGCCACCAUGAAGAGAUUAUCAGGACUUAUUCUCUCAGAGGCUCAACUAGAAGCAAGGAAUGAUGCUGAUUGGGGCUUCAUUUCUAGCUUGACAAACUGUAGUAUGCUGCGGUACCUAGAUGUGAGUUACAACGAACUAGAAGGGUACCUACCGAACUCAAUAGCAAAUCUUUCCAUAGACUUAAAAAGUCUCGGCAUGGGAAACAACAUGAUAAGGGGAAAUAUACCUGAAGGAAUUGGAAACCUUGUCAACCUACAACAGUUGUCCUUGGAGGGUAAUUUCCUACAUGGAAACAUUCCUGAGUCCACUGGCAAUCUUGGGAUGCUGGGUCUAUUAUACUUGUCAAAUAAUAGUUUAUCUGGAGCAAUUCCACCAACACUUGGAAAUCUCACGGCAUUAAAUAAACUCGACCUCAGCCAAAAUUUGCUUACUGGCCCCAUACCAUCCAUCCUUAGAAGAUGUCCUUUAGAGUCGCUAGUCCUAUCAGUCAAUCGGCUGGUUGGUCCAAUACCAAAAGAGAUUUUCCUCAUAUCAACAUUGUCUAUUGCCUUGAAGCUCCAAGGCAACAUGUUAACUGGGGCAUUUCCUCCAGAACUUAGUAAUCUAGUAAAUCUUGGAUCUCUUGAUGUGUCUGACAACAUGAUAUCUGGCUCAAUUCCUGCCUCUCUAGCUCAGUGCACAAGUUUGGAGUAUCUUGUUAUGCAAGGAAACCUAUUUCAAGGCACAAUUCCAGCAUCAAUGUCACAGCUGAGAGGCCUUCUGGUUCUUGAUGUUUCAAGAAACAACUUGUCUGGGGACAUCCCUGUCUUCCUCGGCGACAUGCAUGGGCUUGUUACCCUAAACAUAUCAUUCAACAAAUUUGAAGGUAAAGUUCCAGAACGUGGAUUAUUUUUGAACGCAAGUGCAGCUCUGAUUGAAGGGAACUAUGGCUUAUGUGGAGGUAUCCCCCAAUUUAACUUGCCUCCCUGCUCAAAUCAUACAUCCAAGAAGUGGUCUCGCAAGCUUGUCGUGUCCAUCUCAAUAGGCAGCACAGUUUUGUGCAUUGUCCUAGUACUAUUUGCACUAUUUGCGCAAAGGAACUUGAGAAGCAAGUUUGCAAAGAUGAGAACGGUUCCAUCACUCCAUGGCGGAAAAUGUAUGAGGGUUACAUAUGCUGAAUUAGUGAAAGCAACAAGUGGGUUUGCUUCUGAGAACCUCUUAGGCACAGGAAGCUUUGGCUCAGUGUACAAAGGAACAAUGAGGAAUGGCGAUCAGGAACUGAUUGUCGCUGUGAAGGUGCUCAACCUCCAGCAGCGAGGGGCAUCUCAAAGCUUUUCUGCAGAAUGUGAGACCUUAAGAUGCGUCAGACAUCGAAACCUUGUGAAGGUAUUGACCGUGUGCUCAAGUAUUGAUUUCAGGGGGCUCGACUUCAAAGCUCUUGUGUUUGAGUUUAUGCCGAAUGGAAACCUAGAACAAUGGCUACACAACCAUCUCCUAGAAGAUGGAAGCGAGGGGGUGCUCAGUCUUUCCCUAAGGAUAGAUAUUGCCAUUGAUGUAGCUUCGGCACUCGAAUAUCUUCACCAUUAUAAGCCAGUGCCAAUAGUUCAUUGUGAUCUUAAGCCAAGCAAUAUUCUCCUCGAUAAUGACAAGGUUGCACAUGUGGGUGACUUUGGACUUGCAAGGUUCUUGCAUCAAGAUGAUACUAGCCUCCCAGAGAUAUCAAGUGGUUGGGCUACAAGAAGGGGAACAAUUGGAUAUGCUGCCCCAGGUUUGCCAUUAACCACUGUUGUUCAUCUUUGUAUACUAGCUUUCUGGUUGGAAACUAAUAUCACAAACGUGUCUCUUCCAGAGUACGGUCAAGGAAAUGAAGUCUCCGUCUAUGGCGAUACCUACAGCUAUGGUAUACUGUUAUUACAGUUGUUCACAGGUAAAAGGCCAACAGAUGAUGAGUUUCAGCAAGAUCUAAACCUGCAUAGGCAAGUCGAGAUAGCACUGAGAGACAAAGCCACCAACACGGUGGAUCUGAGUUCACUGGGUGAAGGGGCAGAAAUAACUUCUACAUCUGUGAGUGCCAUAGAGAUGAGAACUGCAUGCAUCACUUCAGUUCUGCGCAUUGGGAUAUUAUGUUCAAAGGAACUGCCAACUGAUCGCAUGCAGAUUGGUGAUGCCAUGAGAGGGUUACUGGCGAUCAGAGACAAGUAUCGCACACGCCUACUGAGGGAAGGUGAAUCUAUAUAA